UCAGGUGACCAGGAAAAAACAAGAAACGGCGCUGUUUCAAGGGAAACAACAGUUAGGCAAGCGUCUCUCUCUUGUUUUCAUUUCAUAUGGAAUUUUCAGGUGUACCCGAUCGCUGUAUGUAAUCGUUUUCAAAAAGAUAAACAUGUUUCUGAAGUACUUUAUAUAUUUUGUGACUGUGUUUUAUGUUGCGCAUGCUCAGAGGGGAGGAUGUUCCAGAGAACGCAUGCGGCAAUGUGAGGAUACUUUAAUGCGGAGCAUUCAAAGGAGGCAUAACGAUCUUGGACGCACGGAAAUGCAAUCCCAUUGUUCGAAUGUGAGGGAUGAUUUCAACUGCUUGCUGAGAGAAACUAGAUGUCUAACAUCAGAGACUGAUCGUAGCCGUAACGGUGAUUCUUUGAGAAAUGCUCUCAAGUACAUCCGGGAUGGUUGUGACAGCAGUGGAAAUAGUUGGCGUGACAGCAAUUGUUUCAUCGGAGUAGACAUGAAGAGUUGUGAGAGUUCUUUUCCUCUAGGAGGAGUUCAGUUUUCUUCCUACAACCCUGAGACAUGCAGGAAGUACAACUUGUUCUACGACUGCGUUCAGGAUAUUGUCCGAACUCGAUGUAGAUCAGACGAUGACCGAUACUUGGGUCAAUAUCUGGUUGAUACUGCCCAAGACCUCGCCUGGAACUGCGGAGAAUCAUCUACCACUUCUGAUCGAUUCAGGCAAGAUGAUCGACGUGAUGAUCGCUAUAACGAUCGAGAUCGAAUGAACGAUCGAGAUCGAAUGACAGAUCGAGAUCGAAUGAACGAUCGUGAAAGAGAUCAGCAAAGAGGCGGGAGCUAUAGCGGAAGAGAUGAUCGAUACGGUGGUGGUGGAUACGGAGACAGAGAUGGCGAUCGAUAUGGCAAUGGAAGAUAUUCUGGCACUUAUUCGAAUGGGAAUGGUAAGAUAUUUUAAAUUGCAAGUUUAUAAUACCAUUGUUUAAAUUAAAUUUAU